UCGAAAACAGCGAGAUCCGAGCGGGUAUUGGAGUUUGAAUUCUAGAGCGCUUUUUGAAGUUUUGAAGGGUCUGUUUCGGCGGCAGAUGGAAUGCUGCAUUGGGAUGUAGAGAAUUGCUUAACUUAACUCGAGUACUCUGCUGGCUUCCAAUCAACGGAUGAAGGAGAUGACUUGUUGAGAUCCUUCUGUAAACAGACCUAAGUUAUUUGUCUGUUUCAUUUUUUUCAGAGUUAUCAAUGGUCUGUAGAUACUCCCUUCAGGAGCAGAAGAGAAAGGAGACACCAGUUUGCAAAUCAUCAGCCAUGGUUGGUGCGCAAGGAUGUGUUAUUUCAGAGCUUCCUAGUUCCUUCAAUCAGGACUCUGGAUCUUUCCUUAAAAAUCGAUUGCUACUAGCUUGCAUGUUGAAAAAAUUGAUGGAUAUUGGGGAAGAUAUACUCGACAAGGAUAUCUAUAUCUGUGGUUUGGAUUCUGUUUGCUUGAAGAAGAAAAAACCUACAGUUUCUACACGAUCUGGAGGAUAUUCCAAUGGUCAGUCAUCUGGUGAUAGUCUCAUACCUGGUCUUCAUGAUGACAUUGCAAUGGAUAUUCUGGCUUGGGCGAGCAGAUCUGAGUACCCAAAUCUUGCAUGUGUGAAUAAAAAGCUCAAUUCCUUGAUUACUAGUGGGGAUCUUUACAAGUUGAGGAGGCAAAUGGGUGUCAUUGAACAGUGGGUUUAUCUAGCUUGUAGUAAUAUGCCCUGGGAAGCUUUUGAUCCUGCAAGGAAUAGGUGGAUGAGGUUACCGAGAAUGCCAUGUGAUGAAUGCUUUACGUAUGCAGACAAGGAAUCUCUUGCUGUAGGAACUGAGCUACUAGUCUUUGGUCGGGAGUUAUCAGGAUUUGCAAUUUGGAUGUACAGUUUGCUUAAUCAUCGAUGGUCUAGAUGCCCCUUAAUGAACCUACCCCGUUGUUUGUUUGGUUCAAGUAGCUCUGGAGAAAUUGCUAUUGUAGCUGGAGGAAGUGACAAGAAUGGCCGUAUUUUGAAGUCUGCUGAGCUUUACAAUUCCGAACUAUGUGCUUGGGAAAGUUUGUUAGAUAUGAACUUGCCUCGUAAACUAUGUUCGGGCUUCUUUAUGGAUGGAAAAUUCUAUGUUAUCGGAGGCAUUUCUAGCCAAGCUGAGCGUUUAACUUGUGGAGAAGAGUAUAAUAUGGAGACGAGGACAUGGAGGAGGAUAAAUGACAUGAUCCCCGGUUGGGGUGGACCUAUGCAGUCUCCUCCUCUGGUUGCUGUUGUCAAUAAUCAACUUUAUGCUGCUGAUUUAACUACAAAUGAGGUCAAAAAGUAUGAUAAAAACAAUAAUACAUGGAAUGUUGUGAAAAGGUUGCCAGUUAGGGCCGACUCUAAUAAUGGUUGGGGUUUAGCAUUCAAGGCAUGUGGUGACAAGCUAAUUGUGGUUGGUGGACGUAGAGGGAUUGAUGGUGAAGUUAUUGUGCUUCACUCUUGGCGUCCAGAGGAUGGGAAUGGGGGUGGACCAGAGUGGGAUGUGCUUUCCAUCAGAGAGCGAGCAGGUGGCUUUGUGUACAACUGUGCAGUGAUGGGUUGUUAAUGCUUGCAUCACUAUCUCUUGAGUUGGAUCUGAACCCUGGAAACUCAUGCUUCUUAAUGUGGCCGCUUGAUGUUGUUGUGGUGCUCUCUGUCCCUCUCUUCCCCCCCCCCCCCCCCCCAAAAAAAAAAAAAACAAAAAGAAGAGAAGAAUUGAUGAUGAUAUUAUAUGCUUUUAUUUAUGGUUCUCCGUCUGCCCCAUAUUGACUCUUAUGGAUUUUUUAUUGGAGAGUAGGGCAUUAGAUUAAUAUGGAAACUUCUUCCCUUGUUUUAUUAUGGUUCUCAUUAAGGCAGCAAAGCUUGUAAAGGUCCUAUGAUUUCGGUAUGAUGAUUUUGCAUGCUUGUAGU